CAUUGCGGGGAGCUGUCCGCGCCAGUAGGUGCUGAUGUGAAGCGGUUUCUCUCGAACCACCAACACGGUCGGAGCGAUGGAUGAAGAGUUGAAAUGUCCCGUUUGCGGUUCCCUCUUCAAGGAGCCCAUCCUGCUGCCAUGCUCCCACAACGUCUGCCUCAUGUGUGCGCGGAACAUCACCGUGCAGACGCCGGACGGAGAGACGCCGGCGCAGAGCCGAGCCUCGGGCAGCUCGGACUACGACUACCUGGACAUGGACAAGAUGAGUCUGUACAGCGAGACGGACAGCGGCUACGGCUCCUUCACGCCGUGCCAGCUCAAGUCCCCGAACGGCGUGCGGGUCUUCCCGCCAGUCCUCCCCCAGCGGCACUGCUCCCUCACCUGCCCGCUGUGCCACCGGAGCGUCUCUCUGGACGAGCGCGGGCUGCGGGGUUUCCCACGGAACCGGCUGCUGGAGUCCAUCGUGGCGCGUUGUCAGCAGAAUCGCGCCUCCUCUUCCUCCUCCUCUUCAUCUGGAGCGCCCAAGUGUCAGCUGUGCGACCGGAACCCCGUGGACGCCACGGUGAUGUGCGAGCAGUGCGACGUGUAUUACUGCGGUGCGUGCCAGCAGCGGUGCCACCCGUCCCGCGGGCCCCUCGCCAAACACCGCCUGGUGCCGCCGCCGAGGCAGGCAGCGGCGGGCGGCGCGGCGAUGGCACCGGGCGGCGGUCAGCAGCCGCCCGUGGCCGCGCGGAAGCCGGCGACGUGCGUGGAUCACGAGGCGGAGAACUUCAGCAUGUACUGCUGCAGCUGCAGGGCUCCGGUCUGCACCAAGUGUCUGGAGGAGGGGAAGCACGGAAAGCACGACGUGAGACCGCUGGCCGUGAUGUGGAAGCAGCACAAAUGCCAGCUUUCCCAGGCUCUGAAUGGGGUCUCAGACAAAGCUAAAGAUGCCAAGGAGUUCCUGGUUCAGCUCAAGAACAUGCUUCAGCAGAUACAGGAGAAUGGAGUGGAGUUUGAAGCUUGCUUUGUGGCACAGUGCGAUUCUCUGAUUGAGGCGCUGACCAGACAGAAGGCUAAACUCCUCACCAAAGUCACAAAGGAGAAGGAGUACAAACUGAAGGUGGUGCGUGAUCAGAUCACACACUGUACCAUGAAGCUGCGGCAGACCACCGGCAUGAUGGAGUACUGCUUAGAGGUCCUUAAGGAGAACGAUCCCAGUGGAUAUCUGCAGAUCUCAGAUGCCCUGAUCAAGCGUGUCACGUCCUCACAGGACCAGUGGGUCAAGGGGGCGCUGGAGCCCAAGGUCAGCUCUGACUUUGACCUUGUCCUCAACACGGACUCGCUCCUCCAAACCAUCCUGCAGCUGGACUUCUGCCACGGCAAAGAUGUGCAAGAGAAGCCAUUAUUGAAACAAAUGCAGGCGGCAGACAGUUAUGAGGCUGAGAUGGAGACUGAGAGCCCAGGAGUGGAGCCCGGACCUUCAGUGCCGGCAGCUCCCCUUCUUCAGCUGGAAAAGUGCUGCACCAGAAACAAUAGUGCCACACUGGCUUGGAGGGUUACUGUGCCGACCAGCAACCCUAUUGAUGGAUACAUCCUGGAACUGGACGAUGGCAAUGGAGGACAAUACAGGGAGGUGUAUGUUGGAAGGGAGACGGUGUGCACAGUUGAUGGGUUGCAUUUUAACAGCUCCUACAAUGCCAGAGUGAAAGCCUACAAUACCAUUGGUGUGGGUCCAUACAGCAAGACGGUAGUUCUCAAGACGUCGGAUGUGGCGUGGUUCACCUUUGACCCCUCCUCCGCUCACAGGGACAUUGUUCUGUCCAAUGAAAACCUGACAGUCUCCUGUAACAGCUACGAUGACCGCGUGGUGUUGGGCACCGCCGCCUUUUCCAAGGGUGUUCACUACUGGGAGGUCAGGAUCGAUCGCUAUGACAACCACCCAGAUCCCGCCUUUGGGGUGGCGAGGAUCAACACCAUGAAAGACAUGAUGCUGGGGAAGGACGAUAAAGCUUGGGCCAUGUAUGUGGACAACAACCGCUCCUGGUUCAUGCACAACUCCCACACCAACAGGGCAGAGGGAGGCAUCAACAAGGGCUCGACGGUGGGAAUCUUGCUGGAUCUGGUCAAACGCACGCUAACGUUCUACAUCAACCAGAAGCAGCACGGACCGACCGCCUUCGAUAGCCUGGACGGCGUCUUCGUGCCGGCAGUCAGCCUCAACAGGAACGUGCAGGUCACCCUUGUGACGGGCCUUGAGGUACCAAAGAAUCUCAACCAGUGAAAGCCCCCCCCCCCCCCCCCCCCCCCCCCAGGUGACCCUUUGACACCAACCAUCAAGUUUAGCCUCGGUUCAGCCCCACAUGGGGCUUUUCCCAGAACGAUGGGCUGCAUCUUAUGUCAUCUAGAACAGCGGUCCCCAACCCCCGUGCCGGGGACCGGUACCGGUCUGUGAGUCAAUUGGUACUGGGCCGUACAGAAAGAAUAAAUAACCUACAUUACUUCAGUUUUAUUUAUUUUGGAACCUGAAAGAUGUUUUAUUUUGAAAAAUUGCCCGAUCCUCUGUUCCAUCGGUCUAUGUUACUGUUGGCGCUCUUCUUGGUCAUGUGAUAAGUUACCACUAGAAUAAAACCCAGGAGCUAGCAAAAUGAGGAAUUUAAUUUUAUGAAUCCUAAAUAUUUGGGUGUGCGCUGAGGUUUUUAUUUGGUGAACAUGUCCGCACAGAUAAGUGACAUAAUUUGGGGAAUUUGUAAGAUUUUUGCCCCAACAGCUCCUGGAUGAGUGCUGGUUUUCCUAUUUUUCCAGCUUGUGACAUUCCGGUUCUUGUAGAAGAAUGUCUGAGACCAAACUGACAGCAGACAUGCUCACUGUGCAGUAACGUGACACAACAGUUUUUGCAGUUAGAGAAAUGAUUCGACAACAUUGGUUCUGGUUGUGUGUCAUUGUCGGGUUUGUUUAAGCACAAUGAAUGGAAUUCUCUCUGCUUUUCAUUGGAAUCUUGUUGCCAUCCAAAGCUUCCUCCGUACAACAAAAAGUCAAGUAUGAAGACCGCUUGCUGUUCUUGUCAAAAAUCUUCAGAGAACGUUGGAGCUGAAUUCUUUUUUAUCACUUUGACAAACCUACAAAACCUGGGAAUUGAGCUCCUGCAGAACAUCUGAUUCUUUUUCUUAAAGGUUCCCCAAAAUUCUCCAAGAUGUAGGAAAAUGUCACAUUCCAACGGAAAGGUUAGCCAAACCAACAAUGUUUAUGUGAUGGCAAAGUAUUAACGAUAAAUUCCUCUUUGUGAGCACACAGGACAAGUAAAAGAAGAAAUAAAGAUUUUCUCAAUUUUUGAUUACCAUGGCAACACGACUCAAAUUCAGUGAAUACAUAGACUUUAUAUUUCCUACAGUUUCACUGCGUUUAACCUCGCCAGUUUUUUUUUUUUAAAUGUAAAUGUAAAAAGCAAAGUUUGAUCUUUUUAGGGAACAAAUAGAAAUAAUUGUUAGGUUUUUUUUGCUCUGCAGGAUUCUGGAAAAUCAAAUACUGGCCUUUUUUUAUGUUCUUUGAGAGACUGACAGCUACAGUGAUGCAUCCAAAUGAAUGAAAACUGUGUUCAUUUCUCUGAAACAUCUCACAGUUUUGGCACCUUUGACGAGCUGAAACGAAGAUUUCUGGAGGCCUCAUCAGGUUAAACUGCUGCUACGGGUGGGAGGGGCUAACAACCACAACACUGUGACUGCAAGGCCAUUAGAAACACACCGUUUAUAUAAAGUACGUCCUGUCUCGCUUUCAUGAGGCAAAGACAGAAAUGUUUAGACUUAAUGAGUUUUGCUGAAGGUGGUCUGUGAUGUGUUUCUGUCCCGCACAAAGCAUGAGUGUGAGUGUGGUGUAAAUACUGACAUGUGGAUCAUGAUGUCAAAUGUUACGCAUGGACUAGGCAUAGAAAAGAGUUUACAAACUGUUUGUGUUUUAAAUAUUGACUGUUUUUCUAAUAAGUGAUGUGAACAAGAGAGAUUAGCUCUCCCUGCUGUUCAGCCAUGGAUUUUGACAGAUUUACCAAACCUGAUAUAAAAAGGAAAAUUGCAACCGUUUAGUAAUUGGUUUUCUAUGGAAUAUUUUUUUAAAUGAUGCCAAUAACCCAAUUUCUAAACUUAUAAUCAGGAAAAUAAAGUUAUUAUUAUUAUUAUUAUUUUAGUUUUUAAAUCUUGAUUUUAGGAAUUUUGAACAAAACAUAGAAGGGAAACAUGAAAAGUAUUGAUUACUUCUACAAGUUCCAGGGUUUUUUCAAAAUAAAAGUCCCUAAAUUAAGGGUUUAGCUUCAGACCUUGAGGACUCCUCUCCUAUUUUUCUAGAUAUUUUCUACAGUCAGAGUAAAAAGUAUCAGUUCUGUAAAACAUCACACAGCAUUCCCUUCAUUCCCCAGAAGUAUUGAAAGCUUCUUUUAAUACUUUGACUCAUAAAUGUAUAUAUUUAUGUACAGUAAUCUGCUAAGGACUUUCCCCCAUGGAUCAAAUAAUUCUUGAAUACAUUUAUUGGUAAUAAAGAAUAGGAAUAAACUGGAAAAAAAAGUUUUAUUUUUGGCCUUUUUAACUCCAAUAAGGGUCUUUUGCUGCUUUGAUUGUAUUUAAAGUGAAAAAAAAGUGAUCAAAUUGAAUGAUCAUUUAUUCUCCAGGAAUUCUGACAAGCUCUGAAAAAAUAAUGAAUGCAGCUGACGUCAAAUUUAUUAACGACUUUUUUAUUAUUAUUAUUUCCACAUUUUUGAUUAUUGAUUUGAAAAAGACAAUUUUCUAAAUGUGUUUUUACAAAUAUGAGGUUCUAGAAGAUUUGAUUCUACCUCUAACCUGUAACUACGUAGUUGAGUGGUUAUUUUAGUUAGUGUUUGGUUCCUCUCCCCUCCUCUUCACUCUGCUGGUUACCUGAAGCAGCAAAAAUAGGGGUGGUGGUUCCCUCAGGGUCUGGAGCUGCCCACCCCUGCAUGGAAAGAACAAAUACUGAACAUUUUUAAAGAUGGCUAAAGGAGGAAAAAAUUGUUCUUGUGUAAUAAAGUUGUGUUUUGAAUGUGGAAUUAGGCGAAAAUCCAAUGUUUUCUUUCGAUUUCUUACUGUUUUAACUCAAAUCAUAUUCCAGGUAUUUUCUUACAAAACAUUUGAUUAUUUUUUUAUUUUUGUUCACAUUUCCUGCUGAAACUUCUAAAAGCUGAGAAAAUAAAACCGAAACAAAUGUGAACUUCAUAGAUAUAACAAGUUUAUGUAUUUGUUCAGUUAUUAAUGUAUAUAUAAUUUAUUAUAAAAAAUAUUUAUUGCAUGUUUGAAAUGUAACUUUUUAUUUUGGCAUCUCUUAAUUUGUACAGUAAUAAAAUGUACAUAUAUGGAAAAAUGAAAUUAAAAGAAUUCAAGGUUGAGGGGAAAUGUUUUGCUGCCCUCAGGUGGUCAAAAGGAGAACCUGCAGGUUUCUCUCGAGCAGUAGACGCCCUUUUUUUUUCAACAUUUGCGGUUUUCAUUCCCUUUUUUUUCCCUCUUCAUGCAUGUUUAACAUGUGACACAACCCUUAUAUUAAAGCAGGAGUCAGGAAGGAGGUCCAUCUUGACCCUAAAGAUGAAUCGGGGGGCAUUUCCUCCUGUGGCGUUCUUAUGGUCACGUCCUUGCUGUCGUUGACCCCAAUGUGACCUGACAUUAGUCAAACAGGUCAAACCUCCAUCCAAACUUGUGUGUGUGGAUGGUCAAAAAAGCACAGUAGAAAAUUGACUUAUUUUAGGAUUAAUAUGGCUCUAUUCGUGGUUAUAAGACACGCCCACUUCUUCCUGACAUACGAGUACAUGAAUGUGACAUUUUCCUGAUCCAUCUCCAAAAUAUGGUGCUGAUUUAAAGCAUGUAUGUCAUUGCCUUUUUCUUUAGAAAAAAAGAUAUUUACCUAAAGACAUUGAAGAAAAACUGUUUUCUCUUUGUUUUGUAAGUUUAACUUCCUGUUUUGGGUAAAGAAAACUGCAGAAAACCUUUAUCAAAUCCACAAAUGUUUCCCUUUAAAGUCUUUUACAUAAAAACCUUUAUUCAUUUCAAUCCCCUGAUGUAGAAGUUUUGUAUAAAUACAUGGUUUGUACAUCAAGAAUGCAGGAAAAAAACGAGUGUCAAAACAAAAAUGUCUUUUUUUGUCAUUUAUAAUGAAGCCAAUAAAUUAACUGUGAUAAAAUUAAAAAUGUUGUUUUUUUGUGGAGCGUUGCAUUCAGGGUCCAUUUGGAGAAAAA